CCAUCCCGAACGCGCUGCACCCGACGAGCACCCCGCUGUCGUCGUGCCUGGGCAGCCAGCACAGCCUGAGCGCCGACGCCUCGCCCGUCUACAACGCCCUCUUCUACUCGUCGCACUCGCCCUCGGCCGAGCGGGAGCGGGAGCGCGGCUGCAAGCACAGGCAGGCCAGCCCGCUGGUGCACCGGCGCGACAGCAACCCGUUCACCGAGAUCGCCAUGAGCUCCUGCAAGUACACGGGCGGCGUCAUGAAGCCGCUGAGCCGCCUGAGCGCCUCGCGGCGCAACCUCAUCGAGUCGGACAGCAGCAGCGACACCAAAGAGGGCGGCGGCUCCGGGGCCAGUCCCGCCCCUUCCUCCAUCCCCGCCGGGGCCAUCCCGCCCUCGUCCUCCUCCCACCCGUCGCAGCUCGGCCAGUCGCAGAACCCGCCCGAGAUCGUCAUCUCCUCCAAAGAGGACACGCCCUACCGGGCCCACGCCUACGAGAUGUCAAUCUACCACCAGAACCACGCCCUCUCAGAGAGCAGGGCCACGAUUGGUGGAGGGGCCGGGACGAACGGGCGGAGGGGAGGGACGGUGACCGGCAGGACCCUCUCCAAGGCGCAGAAGCGCAAGAACCAGAACAUCGGCUACAAGCUGGGCCACCGGAGGGCGCUGUUCGAGAAGCGCAAGCGACUCAGCGACUACGCGCUCAUCUUCGGGAUGUUCGGGAUAGUCGUCAUGGUGAUCGAGACGGAGCUCUCCUGGGGAGUCUACAAUAAGAGCUCCAUGUAUUCCCUGGCACUUAAGUGCCUCAUCAGUCUGUCCACUGUUAUCCUACUGGGACUCAUCAUUGCCUACCAUGCGAGAGAAGUGCAGCUCUUCGUCAUCGACAACGGCGCGGACGACUGGCGCAUCGCCAUGACGAUGGAGCGCGUGCUGCUGAUCGCCCUGGAGCUGCUGGUGUCGGCGGUGCACCCGGUGCCCGGCGACUUCAAGUUCCAGUGGCGGGCGCGGCUGGCCUUCUCGUACGCGCCGUCGCAGGCGGAGGCCGACCUGGACAUGGUGCUGUCCGUGCCCAUGUUCCUGCGCCUCUACCUCAUCGCCCGCGUCAUGCUCCUGCACAGCAAGCUCUUCACCGACGCAUCCUCGCGCAGCAUCGGGGCACUCAACAAGGUGCACUUCAACACGCGGUUUGUGAUGAAGACUCUGAUGACCAUCUGUCCAGGAACUGUGCUGCUGGUGUUUAGCAUUUCACUGUGGAUCAUCGCCGCCUGGACAGUACGAGUGUGUGAGAGAUACCAUGAUGCCCAGGAUGUCACGAGUAACUUCCUGGGGGCGAUGUGGUUGAUCUCCAUCACCUUCCUGUCCAUAGGCUACGGGGACAUGGUGCCCCACACCUACUGUGGCAAAGGCGUGUGUCUGCUCACGGGCAUCAUGGGGGCAGGCUGCACGGCGCUGGUGGUUGCCGUGGUAGCGCGGAAGCUGGAGCUGACCAAGGCGGAAAAGCAUGUGCACAAUUUCAUGAUGGACACGCAGCUCACAAAGAGGAUAAAGAACGCGGCGGCUAACGUGCUGAGGGAGACGUGGCUCAUCUACAAGCACACCAAGCUGCAGAAGAAGAUCGACCACGCCAGGGUCCGCAAGCACCAGAGGAAGUUCCUGCAGGCCAUCCACCAGCUCCGCAGUGUAAAAAUGGAACAACGUAAGCUAAGUGAUCAAGCCAACACUUUGGUGGACCUCUCAAAGAUGCAGAGUGUCAUGUAUGAGCUGAUGUCGGAGCUGAACGACCGCAGCGAGGACCUGGAGCGCCAGAUGCUGAGCCUGGAGCAGCGCGUGGAGCAGCUGACGGCGGGCUUCAGCGCCCUGCCCGCUCACCUGUCGGCCACGCUGGCCGCCCAGCACAACGCCCUGCUGAUGUUGCUGCGCGAGCGCGACACCAAGCUGCUCUCGCCGCCCAUGCCCCUCGCCCCCGUGCCGCUGCCCCACGCCAACGGCAACGGCCAGACCAACGCCACGGGCGUCGCCGCGGCCGCCACCAUCGCGGCCGCUCCCAGCGGCGCAGCGCAGGGCAGCGAGGCCGACGACAGCCCCAACACCACCGCCUCCAGCUGCUGAGGGAGACUGGACCGGAGAGAUGAGAGAGGAGGAGGAGGAGGAGGAGAGGAAUGGAGGAGAGAGAGAACAACGAAGGAGGAGGGGUUGGGAGAACCCCCAGGAAAUGGCUGUUGAGGAGGGAGGUGGUAAAGAGUGGAUGUGACAUUAGAGGAGGGGGAGAGAGAGAGAGAGAGACAGAGAUGAAGAGAGGAAGAAGAUGAAGAAGAAGAGAAGAGAGUGAACAGGGAAACACGAGAUGAGUGGAAAAUCUUCAGGGGGUAAGGGCUCUGACUGAGAACUCAGGAGAGAUGGAAGAAUUAAAUAAGCUGGGGAAAUGACUAUGAGGAGGAGGAAACAUUGCACACGAGAGGCCUGGUGGAAAAGAGGACAAGAGGAAGAUGAUGAAGAAGAGAGACUGAAAUAAUGGUGUAUGAACGCCUCUCUUGGAAUGUGCACACUGAUUAUAGGAAAAUGUCUCUCUCCCUCCAUCAGGAAACCAUGACAAUGACUUUUUAAUCUUAUGAUGUGUUUUUUAUUACCUAAUUGCUAAUUGUGUGUUAACAAGCAUCCCUUUAAAGAGAGCUCAGUCAAUAACAUGAAACAGACUAGUGCUACUGCCAUAAAAUGCACACACACACACACCGACACACCACUCCCUCUCUCUUUCACACACACACACACACACACAUACUGUAGUAAACACAUUGAGCUCACAUUCUUGUCACACACAACCUGUUGAAAACAAAAAAGGCACACACAAGAUAUAUGGGCUAAGAGACAACCAGAGAGUGCAGAAAGCACAUAGAUCGUUAAAUUCAUGUUGGAUAGGCCACACACACACACACACACACACACACACACACACACACACACACACACACACACACACACACACACAGACUGCAAGAUACAGAUCACUGCCAAAAUGAGCCAAGUGGAAGCAAACCAAUUUAGUUUAAGCUUUUCAUCAUGAUGUUUGCAUAUCCGGAGGACGAACCCUCACUGUUUUGAUGAAUGUAUACGUUGAAAUGCAUAUCUACACAGCCCUAAUAGUCUCAAAACAUAUAGCAGUAACCACACUAACAAAAAAAUACAGACAUAGCCUACACACAUUUUCUGAUUAACUUUGCUACCAAAGUGCUCUGUCUCCAGCUGACUGCAAAGGACAAUGACUAUGAAGGAUACGAGAGAUGCAGAGUAAAUAAAAAUGGGGAGGAGGAUGAGAGGUGUCAAUACCAGUCAUUGACUCCUGUGAAUGUCAUGGUGGAAAGGAUGAGAUAAUCAGGUCUGAUUCAGGAGGGUGGUUUAGGAAGUGCUGAAAGAGAGGCAACCCUUACACAACCUGCCAUGUGAGCUGCUCUUAAGACAAACUACUUUAGAAAGAAGGACUAAAGUCAUUCUUCAAAGAAAUGAUUAUCAUUGAAAUGGUGUGUCAGAAUAACAGACAAUAUCUAUUCUGACCCCAUUCCUACGGAGACCAUUUUAAAAACUGUCUUAUAGUGACAUCCUGUGGCCGGAAUACUGAACUAAACCUGCUUGGAAUAUUGUACAGUAUGCUAUUACAGAAAAACUGCUUUGUAAGGCUUUUUUCUUAUUUUUUUCCUUUUUUAAAAAAACUAACCAUUUAAUGAUUAUUAACACAAUUAUAGCUUACAUUUACCAUUAUUAUAGCAUUCAUUCGUCACAACAUUUAAUAUAACUGUAUUAAUAACUUUAAUAACUAUCAACAAAUAAUGGAUAAGGGAAAGGUGACGUUUGAGGUUGAAAUUAUUUUGUAAUUUUAUUU